AAAUCUUUAGAUGACAACGAUAAACCAUUGAAUGUUAAUGAACAAGAAUGUAAAUGUUGUCCUGUACAUAUAAAACACAACUGUGAAAAUUAUUUUAAAGAAAUCAUCCACCAACAAAAUUUUUUCAAAGCCAGCAUGUGGCAAUAUACAGAUUCACUUCACGAAUUAACCACAUCGGUUAAUCGUAUUGUUACGAAUAAGGUGACUCAUGAAGUGGAGGAAGCAACAACUUCAUUCUUCACAAUGUUUAAUUUUCCGUUACAAGACGAGGAAGACCUAAUCCGCGUCGAUGAACACCUAAACGACGAGAAAAAUUUUAACGUUGCGAUGAAUGAACUUGCAAAAAUUGGUGGAAGUUCUGUACAAAAUUUUACUCAAAGAGCUUUGCAAAUGUUAAUAACAAAUGACCUUGCAUCAACCUAUAGCUGGUUGGGAAGGCGAGCCAAAAAAACUUUUAACAAAUUAAAAUUAGCGGAUUUGAUAAUUGGUUCUGUCAAAAAAAGCAUCCCAAAUUCUACUAAUAAAGAGUGCGAAGAAGCAAUCCAAAAGUGGUUAAGAAGAGCCAAAGAACGUAGUAAUAAUAAUAAUAAGAAACGUGGAGAGAAUAAUAAUGAUGCAGAAACUGCGCGUGAAGGUUCAGAUGCUGAAAAUUAAUUGGUCGAAUCAUUUAUUAAUAACUUACCUGAGAAACUCAUCAUCACUUUCAUUUUU